CCUGAUCGUAGAUGCCGUCGCCAAGAUGCUCUACGAACUGAUUGCCAUUGUCCGACCAGGCAGCCUCUUAGAGGUGAAGGAAAUCGCCCAAACUGUCGGUUCCCUCGUCCUCAAGAAUGGUGGAGUCGUCCGCGGUCUCGCCAACUGGGGUGUCUUCUCGCUGCCCAAGCCCAUCUCAGUGCAUCAAAUGAAGCACACCCACGGCCACUACUUCGUCAUGCGAUACGAUGCCGCCGCCAAGGUCCACCACGAUGUUCGCAACACACUGCGCCUCGAGCCACGUAUGAUUCGUGCCGCACAUGUCAAGCUCGGAGACGGAAAGCUUGAGUCCCUCUCCAGAUUCGGCCCGCCAAAGUGGAAGACGACAGGCAGCGAGGCGUAAGGAGGGGCAAAGAAUUUUAGGCGUCACAAAUGGAGCGGAAUCAACUUUAAUGGCAACAAUGAAGGAGAGGGAAAUAUCAUGCUGUAUGAUACGAAGGAAACCUUGACAAAGAGUAUGGACUUUAUGGCUUGGAAAAGAGUCUAGUUCCCAGCUCAGGCAUCACACGAUGCCGUGUACAACAGGUAUGCUGCAUCAAAGGACAGCAGCAAUCACGGUUACAUGAAUAGGUACUAUAGAAAUCCAAAAUCCGCAUCUC